CGGACCUGGACGUCAGAAGUCUGAGAGAGCCACUUGCGUCCUCACUCACUGGUACAACCAUGAAACCGUUAGUGAUCGUCUUCCUGGCCUCUGCCGUCCUCCUUGUCUCCGUGACGGGAACUCGCCUUUCUGGGGGAGGUGGCUUCGGCGGUGGUGGUGGAUUUGGAGGCGGCGGAGGUAAUAAGCCUGGCACAGGAGGCGGUGGUGGACUUGGAGGAGGUGGUGGAUUUGGAAGCGGCGGAGGUAAUAAGCCUGGCACAGGAGGCGGUGGUGGACUUGGAGGAGGUGGUGGAUUUGGAGGCGGAAGCGGAGGUGGAGCAGGAGGUGGAGGUCAUCAUGGUGGAGCCGGCAGUAGCGGUGGACACCAAGGUGGCGGUGCUGGAGGUGGAUUUGGCGGCGGCGGCAGCAGCGGCAACAGUCAUCACCCAGGCAGCGGCGGCGGCAGUGGAGGCGGUGCUGGAGGUGGAUUUGGUGGAGGCGGUGCAGCGGCAGCAGUCAUCGCCCAGGUAGCGGCGGCGGCAGUGGAGGUGGUGCUGGAGGUGGAUUUGGUGGUGGCCUGGGAAGUACUCGAGGCUAAUAAGCACCGAAUCUUCGUCGUCGACAAAUAAAGAGACGAUGUGAUAAUAUAAAUUGAA